AGUGCUGAAAAAAUGGUCUGAAGCCUACCAGCAACAUGUGUAACUUUACCUUGCCUGGUCCUUGUGUAGAAUUUAGUGGUGUUUAUUUAAAGUGACUCCAUACAAAGCUGCAGCAAAGACUGAGAGCACAGAGGAAAAAGGUCACACUCAGGUAUCAGACAGUUAAUUAAAAUCCAUGCUGCUGCAUCACAGUUAUGGGUGUCUGUACAGAGGGAUAGCUCAAGGGGUGUGUGUGUUAAAAUUUAUCACUGUGUUUGGUAUCUUGUGAAAAGUCAGUGUUGAGAGCUGGGGUGAUUGAUUAGGUUUGAAGAGAAAGUCCUUGUAUACUUUUGGUGGUUCUUGGAAUUACAACAUGGCUUGUUUAUCCAGGGAGCCAACAGAAGACCUUGGGCUUCUUAUCUACCCACAGAUAAACACUGGUAAAGGCUCUUGAGUUAUAAUAAAUGCAGAUGAUUUAAUUAAAUAUAAUCUGACCACUCACUGAGUACCUCUGAGUACAUCUCAUUAAGCACCUCUGCCAAAAUACCUGAUUUAGGGGAAAAAAUAUAAAGGGACAGGAAAAAUUCCAUCAGUAACAAACAACUGUACCCAUAAAGUGCAACUCAUACAGUAAAGUCCAAGCAAGCAAACUCAGUGAAAUAGUCUUGUGUGUGCAGUUCAUAGUCCACUCAGAUAUUUUCCAGACUGUCAUCUGCAUCAGAAAUUUGCUGGACAAAUAACUCUGAUUCUCUCCAGUAGCUUCUUGGUAUGUCUGAGGUGGAAUUCCGAAAGAGGAAUAGCUGGCAAGUUGUGUUUUGUUUUUACCUUCACCAAAGCCUGUUUGAAUUACAGGGAUCAUAGUGCAUCUCUGGUCAUUGGAACCUGCACUCUUUUAUUUUAAGAAUGUUAAUUUCUUCAGGAUCAAAAAAAAAAAAAAAAAAAAAAGGAUGGAGAGAAGCUAUCCUGUUGUGAGAAAGUUCUUAUCUGCUUCAUUGCAAUAAUUGAAAAUGGCUUUUUAAAUAGUCUAAAGGAGUUCACUUGUGACUAAGACCCAAAUUUCUUGGGGAAAAGAAAAGAAGCAAAUGUGAGAAAUAUUUUACGAGAUCUUAGUCCAACUUUUUACCCCUGGAGGAGGGAGAUAUUGAGAAAGCAGCACAUGUGACAGAUGCUGCUCAAGAUGCUCAGCACAUUACUUAAAGAUGCUCUGUGACCAUCAUGUUGUGAGUACUAAAAGAAUGUGACUGGGAUGGAACAGUCCACAUGUACUGUAACCACAUCUGUAGCCUCACCACUCUCACGUGGUGGCCAACAAAUUCCUGCCAGUUUCUGGAGUAUCCCUAAAUACAUCUGGGCAGUGCAAAACAGCACUGGGCUGGGGAGCCCUCUGGUUACCUCCAAGUGAGUUGGCAUAUCUGUAGCAGUUUGCCACACAGGGACAGCAGCGUCAGAGCCAGAAGCAGUAAUGCUCUGUUACUGCCAUACAUAGUUAAUUAGCUCGGGUGUCACAGCAAACAAACACGGCUAUAUUGCUCCUGGUUCUGCAGCAAAGUUAAUUGAGACUGGCUUGGGGAUCUUUGCCCCAGUGUGUGGUGCAGACAUACCCAGGAAUGCACUCCUCUUGUUGACUGAAUACUGUAUUUUCACAUAAAUGUGGCAGGAAUAUAAUUGCAGGGUGUAAAGAGAAGACCAGUAUACAUUCACUUCACUUUAGGAACCAAAUUAAACCUUUGACUUAACUCACUUCUAUACCAGCUCCCUGCAGGCAUUUCUACAGGCUUUGUUAGAGCCAACCUAGAGGCCAUGGAAAAGGUCUUACAAAAGACUAGCCAGGAAGCCAGUCACAGACCCAGAUCCUGCUGCUACAGAACACAAUCUGCCUCUUGGCACCUCGGGCUUGCAGCUGCCAGGCACUCUCCUUAUGUGGUCACUGGUAUUGGCUCAGAGGCUGGGGCAGAUAGAUGAGGAGAGCUGAAGGGGAAACACAUUCAUCACUGCCAGCAGCGAGAGGAGGCAGUGCCAAGUCACUAUGUAACCAGGCACAUGUGCCAAUUUGCUCAGUAAUUGGAUUGCUAUUUGAAAAAUUAAAGUGCUGUCUAGAAAAUUCUAACCUCUGCAUUUAUGAAGCUUGCGACUGAGAGGCUGAACAGGAAGAGUGGAGGGGGACCAAGCAGAGGUGUUUAAGGAGAGCAAAUGUAGGAAGUAAUUUGAUUACUUUCCAAAGUGUUUCAGCAGCUUCAGAAGCAGCCUGUCUGUACCAGAGAGACAAAGAGCAAGACACAGUGCAGUGGAAAGCUGUGACAUUAUGGACAAGCUGUAACCCAUUGCUGACUAUGGAAAAUCAGCAAGGACUAGUCAGCUGAAAGCAAAUUUUAUAAAGGACACAUCAUUGGAAGACAAGGCUUGAUACACUUCUGUCACUAAUCACUAAUUUUUCCUUGAAAAGAAAAGAGUUCUUAAAAGGGAUUAUUUUGUAUUUUCAGGGUUUUCUCAGAGCCUGUGAAUAGUUGCUUCUGUCUACUGUAUAUAUUGCUCUCAAAUACAUUUGGUGAACAAAUUCCAUUAAUCAUAAAUGAUACUGAAUUAUGCAGCUAGAGGGAGAAUUUGUGAUUCAGAAAUACACCUCUGCCAUUAAUUAUUUCUGCUCUCAUUGCACUCAAAUUCAGACUUUGCUUUGACUCCAGCAGAAGUACAAUUACAAAAAUAUGGUUACACAAGUAGUCCUUCAAGCAUUUCAGUAGUCUUUUUAGUUGAGCUCACUGGCCACCCUUAUUCAGCUGAAAACUUCGAGCAUAUGGGGAUAAUUGAUUAUAAAUUGUUCCUAAGAUAAUAUCUGUAAUUUAAAGUAUAGUCCAGUUUCCAGUAGGUGCAUAAAAGUGGUGCCUGUGUUCUUCAUCACUGUUUAGCGGAAACUCAAGCUGGAAGCUCUGUAUUUAAAAUAAUAAAAAAAGGAAAAAUCUAUGGACUCAUACUGAGGAAGAGCUAUUUGGAACCUCUGUGAAAUGUCUGAAUAUUUCUCGUGCACUCAGACCUGGUACAAUGAGGUUAACACAUGUCAAAGCAAAGGCUAAGGAAAUUUUGAGUCACAUUUCUGCCCCUAGAUGGAGUAUUCUGCACAGUGGGUUGAUUUUUUUAUAUAUAUAUUGGGAGAAUGGAGCUGUGUUAGAAGACUUGAAAUGCCUCUUGUUCUGAAUUCCCUUUACAGUGUAUCAAGUGCUGCCCGUUGGGACUAGACUAACUGGGUCCCAGAGACCAUUUAAAAGAGAAAAAUCAAAAUAAGGUUUGUUUGUAUAAUUGAUUGAACACUAUAAAGGCCACUGCACUUUCUUAGUGUCUCCUAGUUGUACGUGAUAGAGAUGUGUGUUAAAAUGCAAGAAGCCUCUGCUUUACAAAGUGUCACUAAUUACUAUGAAACAUCUGAUAUUUGCAGCUCGCAGUGCUGGAUGUUUCUGUGAUUUUCAUGGUAUUGCCUUCUAGGAGUACACUGUGAAUGCCAUGGUAACCUUAGCUGCUUGUAAAACAUUUUAAUAGUGACCACUGUAUUACAGUGGUUGUGUGCAAACAGCAUGCACCACUGCUUCAGAGGUGUUUGGAACACUUUGUUUGGGUCACAAUUGGAGUAAAAUGUUGCCAGACUUCAAGAACUGAAUCCUAAACUUGCCAAGCAGGGAGCUGAAAGUAAGGUCUCCUGUUCUCCAGCUCCUGUCUGAUAAUCUCUGGAGUUUCAUUGAUACAUUCCUGCCCAGCACUCACAUGCUUAGUGAACCAUGGCUCCAGAAAGCUCAGAGUUGCUUGGGAAAAGCACUUGGCUGCAGGCACUGGAUUUGAAGGGGGUGGGUGUCAGAUUAGAAGCCAGCUUUUGAAAAAGCUCGCUUGUUUUGUGUGUGUGAGUGAGAAUUCAGCUGCAGGCUCCUGGCUCAGGUAUGUUCUCAUUUGGGCUUCUGGUUUAGGCCACUCUUAACAGGAGGGACCAGAGUUUGUCCGUGGGAGCUGAAUUCCUGCAGAAUCUGAGAUUUUCAUUGGGACCUUUUUAGAUAUGAUGUAAAUGCCAGCAGCUUCCUAACAACUGUUCUUGAAGCUCAGAGCAGAAUUUAGAACAGACUCUUGUGAGUUAGGGAAUUGCACAAGAUAUCCCUUCUCAGAAGGGAAAGAAAAGGCCCAACAAAACCUAAGCCAUCUGACUGGAGUCCUGAGAAAUGCUUUCCAGCUUUCAAAGAAAGAAAGGGUUUUAAUUCAGAAUGCCAGAAUUGUCUAAUUAGUCCCUUUAAUGCCAUGCACCUUUAUAGUCUGUGCCACCGGAUUCGUCCUAUAAAUGAGACGAUGGGCUAAUUCAUCUUGGCAGCAGUAAACAGACCUUGUGAUUGUCCUCCUUACAAACACCGGCCUGAUUUUAGGAGAACGCUUUGACCAAGCCUGUGUCCCUGCUCCCUCCCCCGCGACGCCCCCCUCUUUUUCUGAGCGCUGCCUGUGCUUCUUGCCCUCCUUCUUCCCCGGCAGCCCAGCCCAGCCCGUCUCACACACAGUGACAUACCUCACACAUUUGCCACUGCUAACAACAACCUGUCAACUCUUUCUUUGCACCGUGCUAGGCGCCUUUUGUUUCUGCAGCCCAGCAAGCCUUGCAGCUGUUGUCCAAGGCCUGCUCCGACAGCCUGUGAUCAGUCAGCUGCAAAAUCCUCCCUGAACAACUCGGUAUUCACAGCUCUAAUCGGGCCAGCGGACUGUUUCCUCCUCUCUCGCAGUAAAUCUUUAUCACUUGCGCUCUGCUCGUCAGUUCGUGGCGCCAGCUCUUUGGGCUGGCUCUUCGAUCCCUUUCCCAUACUCUGCUGGGCUGUGUGCUCUGAAUGCUAACUCCAGCCUUGUUUAGGCUCGGGGCUUGCCUGGCUGCUGCAAUCCACAUGUUGGGAAGGUCCGAAUUCCGGCUCCCCCCCACCUCUCGGUUUUUAAGCUGCUUGUGCAUUAAGUUUGCAUCGCUCCAAAGGUGAAGCUGUCAAAGGCUCCCUUCCUCUUUCCCCUCCCUCGGCCCGUUUCAUACUUUGUCCAUAUAAGUUAGUUGUGUGAUUAUCUUUGUGUUUCCUCCCAGCAGACUGUCGUGCUUCUGUUUAAGAGCUGUCUUUGGGGAGGAGAUGGGGGUGAGCUGCCCAGCCUGGGGAAGCUGCUGAUGGCAGGGGAAAGCCUGGGGGAGCUGGCACAAACCUUAAUUUGCUCGCAUGCCCAGGGCUAUUAACCCUCCUCCUAAUGGUCCCCCCACAGAGGAGUCGGAAACACGUUUUCCUUCAUCCUGUUCCUUACUUGAUGCCAUCACAGUCUUUUAAAAGAUUUACAUCAAAGAUGUUGAAUUGUGAAGCAGAUUUCUAGGAAAAAAAGAGGAUCAGAGUUUGCUUCCUUAGUAUCCUCAGCUGAGCUGAGGAACGUCCUUUGAGAGUUUAGGGUGGAGGUUUCUGUCAACGUGGAGUUCCUGAGGAUUUAUUCUGGUGGAGCUGAAAGCACCACUUUAUCUGUGCCUGUUGCCUCUUAGGAUUCAGCGUGUAAACUCCUUCUGCCUCCUUUGGGAAAACGUUGUGGAUUUUAUUUCCCUGUAUUUGGGCGUGGGAUUGUAGAUGAUAGUCUAGUUAAACCUCAGUUAAACAGCACAUUUUGCAAGGAGACUCAGCUAGCUCUUUUAGGUAAAGCUUGCUGGAGACCAUUUUUGAAAAAAAAAAAAUUAUUCAGGAGGGUUAUUUCAGUUUAUAAGGAACCUGGGAAACUCGUGUCUCAGCACUUGCAUGAGGGACAAAAACUGAUAGGCUUUAAUGUUCUCUGAAAUGGAGUCCAUCUUUGGCACUGGAAAACCCAUUUCUCUUUCUUCAUCAGUUUUCCCCACCUUUAAGUCUUUGUUUUAGCCGUUCCAGGUGUGUGCAUGUGCACGUGUAAGCAGGGGUGAAAAUUAACCAAAUACAGAAAGUCCUUCAAGAAUACAUGAACUGGCUUGUAAAAUGUUGCUUCUCUUAGCUUUUUGAGGCAACUGUGACAUAGAUGCCCCUUGGAAAAUCUAGGUUCAUUUCUAUUCAGACUUUCCACACCUCAAUUUCUCAUCAAUACAGUAUUUGCUUAGUCAAAGAUAAGCACGUGGUUAUGAGAUCCUUAAAAUUUUGGCAUUGGUGGUCAGUUUGAGUCAGUAGAGAGAUGCCAUUGUUGUAGGGCUCUGUUGGCUCCCACUGAUGUUUCCAGGUGGGACAUGUUUUGUCUCUGUGUAAACAAACAGACCUGUAAACACCCUUUAGGCUUCAUUUGGGAAAAAUGGCUCAGAUUUUGCUGAUAUCUGCUAUCAAAGUGCCCUUCUGGGUAUGUUCUUUGGUGAAACUGAAUGUGUGUGAACAGGAUCUGAAUAUUGGCUCUUUUUCUGUAGGCUGUCCACAAGGGCAGCAGUCAAAAUCUUCAAUAGUAUGGAGCAUCCUACGAAUAAGCUGAUUGUACCAGUUCAUAGAAUGGAAUCAUAAAGCAGAUUGCAAGAGACUUUUAAAGCCAUUUUUUUUCUGUUGAAUAGGAAGCUACUGGACAUAGUUAUUUUGUGAUAUGAUUGACUUCUAUUUUGUGAAACACUGGUGCUUCACCAUGCUUGGGGAGAGUGUGAUGGGCAAUCCACCUGCUGUCCCCUGCACAAAAAGCAGUUGAUUUUUAAUUGUUCUGAAAGAACUUGAUAUCCUUUAAACAUCCUUGUAUAUCCUAAUUUUUUAUUUAUUUGUUUACUUUUCAGAAAACUCAUUGAUAGCUAGAAUUUACAUGUUGCCUGAUAAGGUGGAAGGAAAUAUUUUGGCUUUAAACUACAACGGAAGAUUCUGGGAGUCUGAACUGAAAGUGAAUGGAACAGGGAGAGAAGACUUUCUCAAAAUUAUUAUUUUUUUAAUGAAAGCAACUCAAAACACAAAAUACAAACAGUAUUUUGAGUCUCUUCAUGCAGAAGUAAGCAAGGAUGUGCACGGCUUGUCUCAACUUUCCAUAGCAGGUUGCCACUGUCCACAUGUCCUGAUUCUCCUCACUUGCUGAGGUUGUGCCCUGAAGUGAGGAGUUUUUCUGAAGGAUGCAGUGGGUGCUCACCUUGGUAUGGUUGUAAUUCUGUGGUGGUUGGUGAUGUGGGCUUAGAGUGGUUAAUUGGGAAAAUGUCUGGAAGUUGUGAUGUGAAGUUUUUAUCUGUUCUUUUCCUCAGAACUUUGUACCAUAGGGGAAGACUGACAGGAGGCAAAUAUUCCUAAUGGGGAAUGUAUUGUUGUUUUGAGAGAAAUCCUGGUCUGUAUCCUGGAAAUGCAGAAAUCCACCCCAAACCUUCAAGCACUUGCAUGUGUGCUCAGCUCAAGCCCAUGAAGUAUCUCUUAAUGCAGAGUGUACACAGCCCUGUUUGGCAGGUCAAGGUAGAACAAGGGGAAAAGAAAAAAGCUCCUCCAGUGUUGUUUCCUGCAAAGACCAUUCUUAAGAGCUCGUUGGACAGCGCAGGACUCUUGAAGUGAUAGCUAAUUGGUGAAAGAAAGGCCUUGAUUGUCUUGAGGGAGCUGGAAAGUGCUGCGUGUGCUGCUGAAAGGGACUAGGAAGAAGGUGCCUGGUUUCGCUGAGCAGCUGCUGCUGGAGAUGUUUGGAGAUUACAUCAGCAUUGGAAAAGAGGGGCCAAAAAAAAAAGUCCAACUUCACAGAGAUCGAGUUUAUGGAGGUUUUUUUCCCCCUUCCAAAGGUCUUCUGACAAUGCUGUCAUUGUCAAUAUAAGAGUUGUUAAUUCUUUAUGAAUAGCACAUGGGGCCUCUUGACUAAAUAGUACAUUACAUGUCCCAAAUCUGUCAGCUGGACUCUUCUCUCACAUGCUAGUGAGAUCACUUUGAUUGGAAUGUUAGAGGAAUUGCUGGGCUGGCUGUACAGAACUGAAUACUGCAUUAUAUAAUUAGAUCUCCCAGAGGUUGUUUUUUUUUUUUUUUCACAUUACCUCAUUAUUCUAGCUUAAGUAUGGAAUCAGUCCUUUUGAUGGUUUUACUGGUUGUAAUUAUAUUAAUACGAUUCAUUUUGUGGUCCUGUCUUAGUGCUUAUAUAGAUUAUAAACUGUCCCAAAGGUUUCCUGACACAAAAAAAGAGGACUAAGAGACUUCAAAAGGCUCAUUCAGGUUUGAAUUGACAAUGGGGAGAGCUGGGUAAGGUAAAUGGAGCUAGAGCAGCUUUUACCUUGGGAUCUGAUGAGAGAGAAAUGACCUGUUGAGACUGCAGCUGAGUGAAGAUCCUUCAGAAAGCCUCAUGCUGACAACUGAUUGAGUCAAAUGACUUCCUGUCCAACUUGGGCAUGAAUUUGCUGUUGGGAACAGACUUGUGGACUUCUGCCAAUUAAAUGAUGUGGACAGUCUGGAAGGAACCCUCUUGCUGGGCAGUCCAAGAGUGCUUAGUGUCCACAUGCCAUGCUGUGGGCUGGCAGGAGUGGAUUUUUACCUGACUGUUUGAUUUGUUACCAAAUUCCUCAUGGCUCUUCCCAGCCAGUCAGAUCUAAAACUGAACUAAUGAUUUUAGCUGACCAUAACCUGCCAAAUAUUCACAUUUCUUAGCAAGUGAUGUAUAUGAGUGCCAGUACAAGGUGGAUUCCACUGGAAUAAUCUCUUCCAUGGAAGACAGAUUUGUGUCUCAGAGAUUGUGUGAUGGACCCUGGCUGUGCUUCAGCACCAACAACGGGUGGGGUGGCACCACAAGUGAGUUUUGAUACCAAAGCCCUGCAAGUGACCUUCAUGUCUAGCCUGAAACAAGCACCCUACUAGGACACUGGAGGAUUUGAGUACUUGCCCAAGGACAAAGUGACUUGGGAUUUCUUGGUUAAUUUACCUGGCAAAACGAAGUAAUUUUUUUCAAAGGAACUGUCUUCUUUAAAAUAGGUGUUAAUACAACAGUCAAACAACCUAAAUCUUACUGCAACUCAGCGUAAUACUGUCUUUUAAGAACUGAAUUUUUCUACAGUAACGAUAGGAAAAUUGUAUCACCUUGCCCAAGAAAUGCACUAUCCUUGGCCUAGUCACUCUUUAAAAAAAGGUUUUUUAAAAAUCCUUUUUUUUCAUCAUUUUCUAUCUCAUGAAAGAGAAGGUUACCACUUCAUGUACUUAUUUUUAUAUCUCUUGGUAGCUCACAUAAUGAUAUCAGAGUCCAGCUAGGUAAAAGCCUACAUUAUUCCCAUACAGAGUUUCUGGCCCAUUCAUGACUCACACACUCCUACAGGCUUGUCAUUAGUAACUGCUCAUCAGCCCUUGUAAUUUUGUCUUUUAGACUCUCCUAAAAGUCAGACAUGAGAGCUGGUAUGUGCUUAGGCAGGGAAGCAGGGUAAAUGUCAGGUCAAUUGAUUUCAGCAUCAGAUUUUAUUUAUGGUGGAUGACCAAUCUACAAAACAGCUUGUAAUGCUUGAAGGUGCAUGUCAUGGGCUUGAAAUCCUGCCAGACAGCAAUAAAUUAUAUGCAGAUGUAACUAACUCCUUGUCUGUUUCUCUGAUUCUUAAUUUUAAUGAUAGUUCUGUCCUUUUUUUGUUUUCCCAACCCCAGCAAGCCACAAAAGGAAAGUGAAAUGUUCUUGAUGUGCAGACAUACCUUUUAUAAUGAGUAACUGGAAAAAUAGUGAUAGUGAUCCAUUUUUCUUCUUUCAGUUAAUCAUCACUAUUCUGAGCUGUUGUGUGCAAAACAAAGCUUGUGGAAAAUUUGAUAGUGCCUUUAAGAAAUAAAUCUUCUAAUUCUUUA